UCUGACAUCUCACCUUUCUUCCGGAAUUUCUCAAUGUUAACAGUCUCGAAAUUCUCUGCUCUGCGAUUUGCCGAAAGAGAAAAAUCUCAGUUUCUGUGACAGAGAAGAGUAAAAAGUAAAAAAAAUGGAGUCUUGGGUGCCUCUAUUCGACAUUUUCUUGAACUCCCCAUGUCCUGAAACAGAAGCCUCUCUAUGGCUACAACAAUCUUUCAACCCCUCAUCAACCACCACCAUCUCCACAAACUCCUUCCUUUCCUUGCUCACAAAACCCGCUGACGCCAUUGUUGUCGACUCUUCGUUUCCUUCACCUUCGCAAUCUUCUCACACAAAUAGGGUAACGUGGAUUCGGACAGUGCCAAAUGCAGUUCAAGCACGAAUCCUAUCGUUUCUUGCAUUCGAGCACCGGAGGUUUGGCACGCAAGACUUGUCUAAACUUGCCACGGAUAUGUUGAGUGAGAGUGAUGAACUGGAUUUUUGGGUAAAGAGAGCUGCACGCCAGCUGCUUGACGUAGUGUCUGACUCCAAUUAUGAGUGGGUAUCUUGUUUGAAUAUGGAUUCAGAACAAGAAAAAGUGGAUGAUGAUUUUGGGUCGUUGCCAGAUUGGCUUAAGGAUGCGGCAAAUACCAGUGACUUGGUUCUUCCAUGGCUUCCUAUAUCCCCUGAUCGAUUAAAUUUGAGAAUAUCAUUUAGUAGUAGUGGUGGGAAUGAAGAUUCGUUGAUUGAAGUUGAAGAGGAUGUACAAGAGGGCUCAGAUGAAGUUAUGACAGACGUUGAUGUUGUCAAUCCAAAAAAUGAUCCCAUUCACCCCGAAGUUGAAAAGAAGGCCAGUAGUUUGAAAGCCGUGUAUUAAAUUUUGAAUCUACUUCUAAAAAUGUUGGAUUGGCUGAUGAAAUUUGCCAACUAGCGUUGAAAGAGGAGGAGAUUCUUUGGAAAUUUUGGGUUUGAUUGAGCCUUGGAAAGUGGAUGAUGAGAUAACAUUCAUUUUGAUUUCUCAGCUUUCAAGUGGAAAUCAAGAUGAACUCAGCUGGCCAAGUCAUGUUCUAUGCUCAAUUAUGCUUCCUAAGCUUUAGUAUUUGAGGAACCACUGAACCAGCUUCUUGUCUACUUGUGGCUGCUACAAUAGAAUACUGCAAGCUUCAUCAGAGG